UGCGCUGGCCGGGAGGAAUGUGCGACACCUGCUCCAUGCUCACCCUGGGUCGGAUCUGCCGUGUGGGGGCUGUAGUGGAGCCGCAUGUCUGAGUCCUGCACCGCCUCUCCCUCCUGCCUUGGCGCUCGUUCCACCCCUUCCUUCCCCCGACCCGAUGACUGGGGAAAAGCCGCGAUCGCGACUGCGACCGCAGCAGGAACUCUUGGCAGUCAAGUCAAGCCAGCCGGGAGAGAGAGGUAGAUGCUGCGCAUACACAGCAACAGCGCCAGCUCUCUUAUAUCCACACAAGUCACAAUUACCUGCCGGUGUCUCCCCUCUGUAUCCCCAGAUCCCAGCUGAUGAUGAUCUUAGCCUGCCAGACGGGGAUGAAGACCUGGUAAGGGCAGUGCAAACCGUUCAAGAGCAGGCUGAAAAUGUUCAGCCUUACAGAUCCCCCCUGUCCUCGCAGCGACCUGUGUCUCACAAGCCUGAAGUGGUGGACGAUUUUCUGCGCAAUUUUCUAAUUAAGAUGGGGAUGAUGAAAACCUUGGAAUGCUUUCAGACCGAAUGGUAUGAAAUGAUCCAAAAAGGGCUCCUGCAGCCAGAAGCUGUUGGUUUCGUCCCAGAUGUCUAUGCUCACAACCAGAUGCUAAACUCCGAGAUAAAGAAUUUAAAGAAGGAAGUGGAAACGUGCAAACUCGCUGCAAGUAAAGAUAGAGAAUCGGUGGUAAAGCUACAGAAGGAGCGAGAUUUCCACAGGAUGCAACACAAGCGUGUAGCCCAGGAGAAAAACAAGCUUAUUAAUGACAUCAAACGGUUGAAAGCACAUUAUGCAUCUUACGAGACUCAGCUGAAUCAGCUGCAUGAGAAAUACCAAAUGGUCCUGCGCCAGAAGAUGCUGACCAGCCUGGAGAGAGACCGAGCUGUAGGGGAGGUGACUGGUCUACAGGCCACCAUAAAGAACUUAGAAUCUGGUCUCCGAGUUGAUCUCCCUGUGAAAAAAGAUGAAGUCAAGCACAAGAAGGAGAGUGGUCCUACCCAGAAAGCAAUUCGGGAGGCGAGAGAGAGAGAACUCCUACAAGAAGGGGUAGCUUUAUACAACCCAGAGAAGGACCCAAAUAAUGUUAUAGGGAAGAGACAUCCAAAGGACUCAGAGUUCCCCCAGGAUACCAGAGUGAACCCUCGCUUGUCUCAGAUGAAAGGAAAAAACAGCCGUAACCUCAAGAUGAGUGGACACUGCUUGAGCAACACCCUGAAAGCACACGAACUUGCAGUCAGCUGUGUGGCCUUGCACCCUCGUAAGGAGAUCCUGGUAACAGCCAGUGAUGACCGUCUCUGGAAGAUGUGGUCCAUUCCCAAUGGAGAGAUCAUUAUGACUGGAGAAGGACACUCUGACUGGCUGUCCGGCUGCUGUUAUCAUCCAAACGGCACUAAGCUGGCAACAUCUUCUGGGGACACAACAGUUCGGAUCUGGGACUUUGCAAAGUCAGAGUGUGUCCUGACCCUGGAAGGCCAUACGCAUGCAGUAUGGGGCUGCUCCUGGCACACCUGCGGGGACUUCCUGGCCUCCUGUUCCUUGGAUAACAACAGCAAAAUAUGGGAUCUCAACAGCGAAAGGUGCAGGGACACCAUGAGAGGCCAUGUGGAUUCUGUCAAUAGUAUUGAGUUCCUGCCGUAUUCCAACAUUGUGCUUACAAGCUCCGCAGACAAGACCCUGUCACUGUGGGAUGCCAGGAUGGGUGUGUGCGCUCAGACAUUCUACGGACACCUCCAUUCCUGCAAUUACGCCACCUUUAACAUGAAGGGAGACACCAUUGCGUCCUGUGAUUCCUACGGCGUAUUAAAGCUCUGGGAUGUGAGAAAAGUGUCUGCGAUGUUAUCAAUUGAUGCUGGACCUCACCCGGGGAAUCAGGUGGCCUUUGAUCCGUCAGGUCAAUUAGUGUCCCUGGCCAGCAAUGACGGAACCAUCAAGAUACUGUCGUUACCAUCUGGACAACUGGCGAGCCUGGGAGGCCAUGAGGAGGACGCCCAGUGUGUGAUCUUUGAUCACAAAGGAGAUUGUGUUAUCUCUGGAGGAUCUGAUGGAACUGUCCGAUUCUGGUCCUAAGGAAGGAGCAGCGCAUUGUUAUUUGCAUAACGCAGAGCAGUGCGUGUUUGUGAAACAAGCAAAACGUUUAAUAAAGCUUUAUGGCAAUGAGGAA